AUGAUUAGAAAAGUUGCGCUAGCUGGAAAAGGAUACGUUGGUGGCAAGAUCUACGAUGCACUGGUCAACGCCGGAUUUGAAGUCACUAUUCUUACUCGUGCCUCCGGGGCCGCCGCCGCCGCCGACCCAGAGAGCAGCAACCCCCGCACCAGAGCCGUCGACUACUCCUCGACCGAGAGCCUCAUCGAGGCUCUCUUGGGUCAGGAUGCCGUCGUCUCUGCGCUCGCGCCGGCGGCGUGGGAGCACCACCUCAAGCUACUGGAUGCUGCAAUCGACGCCAAGGUCAAGCACUUCAUCCCUAGCGACUACACCUCUCUGUCAACCUUCCCCGAGGUAGCCGACAUCCCCUACUGGAAGGAACUGGCUACAGUCCAGCAGUACCUGAGAGACAAGGCCGGCAGCGCCGGUGUGAAGUGGACCGUGCUGGUUUCAGGGCCGCUGCUAGACUGUGUCUUGAACGGGUACUACAUGUACAAUUUCGGAGAGCAGACGGCGUUGGUGACUAGCGACGGGGACCUCCAGGUCAGCAUGACGACGGGUCCGUACUUGGGCAAGGCUAUAGCAAAGGUCUUGAGCAAGUCGGAAGAGCUCGAAAGCGGGUCCAUAUACCUCCAUGAGGUUGUCACAACCCAGAAUGAGCUGCUGAAGAUGGCGGAGAAGCUUUCUGAAAGAGAAUGGCCGGUGCAGCACGUGGAGGCAGAUGACACGCUGCAGAAAGGCCUGGGUAUGGUCAAGGCUUCACAGGGUGGAACCCCAAACAUGUUCUCUUGGUUCCUAAUUAUACAGGGCACUAUCUUCAGCGGCAAGUACAAGGUUGAAUGGGACGGGUCGGGGAACAAGUUGUUGGACCUUCCAACAAUGUCCAAGGAUAAGCUCGAGGGCCUCGUGGAGACUAGGGUGAAAGGUGACGUUCUGUACGGAGGUUUGCCGUGGAAUUCUGCACCCAAGCCGAGGGCUAAGUAG